AUUUGCGACUUAUCUCAAAGACAUGAGCAGUGCUUCUCAUCGAUAUUGGUGUCAAAAUACAUGAGAACAUUCCAAAAUGUAUGAAAUAUACGCUGCCGGUGCUGCGGCGGCGUUCACAGUAGACUGUCUCGUCUACCCUCUAGACACCAUCAAGACCAGAUAUCAGAGCCAAGACUUUGUCAAGACGUAUGCCUCAACAUCAGGAAGCAAAGCGCCCCUCUUCCGGGGCCUUUACCAGGGCAUUGGAAGUGUGGUGCUGGCCACAUUACCGGCAGCCGGGAUAUUCUUCGCCACGUAUGAAAGCAUGAAAAAAACUAUCUCCAGCACUGAUUUGCUCCCUCAACCGUUUGUGCAUGCCUCGGCCUCGGCCAUCGCAGAGAUGGGCUCAUGCCUAGUUCUCGCACCAGCAGAAGUCAUCAAGCAAAAUGCGCAAAUGUUACGGAAGCAAGACAACAGCGGCAACGGUACCAGGCGAUCAACAUCCCUCGAGGCCCUGCGACAAGUCACAAGUUCCGGGGCGCAGAGGCGUCUCUUCUCCGGCUACACAGCCCUCGUCGCGCGCAACCUCCCCUUUACCGCAAUUCAAUUCCCCAUCUUUGAGCACGUGCGAAACACGGUCUGGACCUCUCGGUCGCAAGGUAGGGCAGAGGGCGAAGAGCAAGGGCUCGUAGAAACAGCCGUAGUUACGGGUACCAGCGCGGGCGCAGCGGGCGCGUUUGCGGCCUUCAUCACUACGCCGAGCGACGUCGUCAAGACGCGGAUGAUGCUGAGCGCGGGAGAAGCCGGCGAUAAGAGCCACAGCACUUCGUCGCCUUCACAUGUUGAGAAGUCGGCGAGUCCUAGGUCGAAGCCGAAGCGCGGCAGCUUGAAGGUGACGCGGGACGUGUAUCGACGACACGGCGUGCGCGGGUUGUUCCGCGGUGGAGGGUUGCGUGCCGUGUGGACGGCCGUCGGCAGCGGUCUCUACCUGGGCACGUACGAAAUGUCAAAGGUCUGGCUCACUCGGGGCAAGGACGAAUCGGAAGUUGUCGGAGGGCUGUAAGGACGGGCGGAAGAGAAGCAGCAGAGAAAACGUGCAUAUGUGAGAUUAGCAGGGUGCAUUUCGAGAGAGAUAACAACCGGCGGUGACGGCGACAGGAACCUAAGAAAGUUUGCUGUAAGUGUAUCUCUCCGGAUACGUGUAUCUAUAGAAUUGGGUUUCUGUUAUCAGCAUCAACUUAUCAAGGGCGGCAAUGAUAUGAGAUGCAUGGAGGGAGCCGUUCCGAAGAUCACGUCGUGCCAAAUCGUCUGGUGGUUGUUGAAAGUCGCAGAUGUGGAAUAGGGAGAUAAAGUGAAGCGGCGGGAGUGACUGAGGAAGACAAGAGAGUCUCCGAAACACGGCCUGGACAUUGACACCCGACCACCUCAGUGACAAUCCAAUGUUGCCGCAUUGUUGGGGUGGAUAUUUACCCGCCGGUACGUUGAUGCCGGGAUACGCCAGCCUGCCGAUGCCAAAAG